AUGUACAUUUUGGAGCGCUUGCGUAAAGCCAUGAGGCGUCGAAUCAAUCGCCGAUGCCGUGAUCCUAUCGAGCAACAUAUGAUCGUGGUGUCGUUCAUCAACAACAUUGCAGGACUCAUAGGCAUGCAUGUGUUCUCCGCGGACUACUCAGCAACCAACCCACUGUUUGUCGUGGUCUUGAUCGAUGUGUUCUUAUUCUUCUGCGUCAAUCUGUACACCUUGAUCAUAAGCUUUGGUGAUUUGGUGAACUUUAUGUUCUGCUUCGAGACAAUCUUAUACGCCGGGAUCGCAUUCAUCAAGAUCGACGUGUUUGUGCGCCACUACAAAACCAUUCACGAGCUAAACCAUUUCCUGAUCGAGUUUAAUCGACGAUAUCGACACGAUCCGGAGCAACGAGAACUUCUGAUGAGCAACACUGUUGAUCUCUGGCUUCUAAUCGCGGUGUUCAACAUCUGCACUUUCGUAGCACCUAUUCUUAUCUUCUCCUACUCGCUGGUGUGGACCGUCACGAUCGAUUACGUGCUACCGUUUGGGUUUCUUCUGCCAACAAUUGGAUUCGAUUAUUUCAGAGGGUUUGUGAUGAAUUACCUGUUUCAACUGCUCGAAGCCUGUCUGCUAGUGCCCGGCCUAAUGGGAGCCAUGACUAGCAUUAUGAUGUUUCUCAUGAACGCCUGCUUACAGAUCGACAUGCUUCAGCUCGAGCUGAAACGGUUGAGCAAGUUUUGUGCCGCAAACAUCGACGGUCAACACACCGUCGAGAUACGAAAGCGCAUACACGAAAUCAUUGACCACCAUAUUGAACAUCUCGUCUACAUCAAAAAGGUAUGCAGUCUGUUCGAGCUGCACUUUUUCGUAGUUUUGGGUUGCAUCUUCUGCCAACUGGUCAGCAUUGUCGUAGUGGUAGUCAAGAUCGACAUGCUCCAGCUCGAGCUAAAACGGCUGGGAAAUCUGUGCACCGAGAAUAGCGAAGGUCAGCAGAAUGUCGAAAUACGAAAAAGCAUCCACGAAAUCAUUCAACACCAUAUCGAACAUCUCGUGUAA